UGUAUAGAGUAGUUCUCAUAGACCACCAGUUGGUUCCUGUGAGGGAAAACAUCGUAAGGAAACCGGCACACUGGUUGACAGUUUAAGUUCCACGAUAUUACUUGUCAUUAGACCCGGUCGUAAACGUCAUGUCAGAUGCCUUCAGGUGACUUUCUGUGGGCGAAGUGCGGGUUUGCAUUUUGCAUUUCACUUCUCGGUCUCACUCUCUCCUCAGAGAACCAAUCACAUUGCGCUAUUGUAACUCAACGACAACCACACUGCAAUGUGAUUGGUUCGCUGCGUCUCAUUUCGAAUCUAUUCGAUGGUAAGAAGUGAAAAUGCAAACCCGAAAAGAACAAAGAAGAAAGACCGCAAAGAGUAGAUUGUCCAUGAAUGAAUACUACCAUAAAUAAGACAGGUUGGGAUACAAACAACUUAACUUGAAAUCUUUGGACCACCAUUGCUAAACAUGAAACGGACUCAUCGGCCAAGAAUUUGAACGUGGGCCCUUGGACCACAAGUAAAUGUUUCCUAUCUUCAAAAUCUCAUAAGCAACUAUGGCGUAAAAAAACAAGUGAAAUACUUUUGUGUAAACGUCCGAUAGUAUAAUUCGGGUCUUGCGACGAUAUCGUUGAUACCAUUUUAUUAUCUCCACCACGACAUUGACACUCGAAAGAUUUCAGAUAAGGCCUAGACUCCCCCGAAGCAGAGAGGAGUAGCUAUAGCUAGACUACUGCAUCUUCUCUCUUUUAAGUCUCUUUUGUUAAUAUGGAGUAUUUUAUUGAUGUGUUGGCUCUUUAUAUAUGAUAUAUGAAAGUAUGAUUGAUUAUUGAAAGUAUGUGUAGAAUUUGCGACAAAUAUUCAAACGACUAGUGAAUUAAAUAAAUAGCCAAUCACUGUGUAGUGUAGUCAUCCUUCAGUGAAUGUGUAAAGCUAUGUUAAAAAUCUAAGCAUUUUACACAUUUUCCUUGCGUUUAAUCAAUCACUCACAUUAAAACUAAGCAACCACCCUACCAACCAAGCAUAAAAUUAUAUACAACAGCAAAAUCGUCGGAUAUUGCAAUCAUUUGUAUGGCUGUCAUAACACCGCGUUGGCUGAUAUUUUAAAAGACUGUGUGCUCCGCUCCCCAAACGAGUCUCCUGUUCAAAAACAGGUCCAUUUGCAUACUUUUUAUUCCCUUUGUAACCCUUCUGAGUCCUGGGAUGAACUUCGCCAAAUUCACAUCGUAAAUCCACUGCUUGGUCCGGCAAAAUUCUUACGAUAUUAAUGUAUAAUUUCGAUAAAUAAUAGCUGAAAAAUGUAUCUGAAAAUUAUAGCUCCCAUACUGUACACUAGCAGAUAAAAAUGUUGCUCUAAAUUGCGUAAUAUUAGAUGGCGGGAAUUGUGUGUUUUUAUCGCCACGUCUCUCCCGUGACUCGCGUGUAUUACGCGUUUAGUAGUUAUAAUAGCGUAUAUAUUACCAUAGACUAUAUAUAGUUUCAGUGGAUAUGCGGCUUAUUAAUUCAUAUUACACAUUUAAUAUACAGCUAAAUAGUGUCGCUUUGUUCCUCUCUGAUAGUGCUCGUCAGAUUUCAACAAAUAAACAGUGAAUUCAUGAGAUUCAUGAUGGAAUUGUGACUGUGAACUUUAUUCUGUAGUCUUGGCAUAGAAUUGUAACAAAAUGGAAGCUAAAAAUAGCCGGCUAUCCCCAUUUAUGAUCCAAUGCUUCGUCUCGUCCGGCGUGUCUCUGAACAUGGGUGGGAUGGGCCUCGUCCUGGGUUUCGUCACGGGCUUGCUGCCUCAGCUGCGAGAGCCUGACUCCAUCAUCCAGAUCGAUGACUCUUCAGCUUCUUGGAUCGCCUCCAUACCAGGGUUCGCCGUCAUCGUGGGCAACUUCAUCGUCCCGAUGCUCAUGAGCAGGCUGGGCAGGCGGCCGGCCAACCUGUGUAGCCUGGUGGUGUCAGCUGCCGGCUGGCUCUGCAUCGUCCUCUCCAACACAGUCUCCGUCCUCUACUUAGCGCGCUUUCUCCAAGGAACAGGCAUGGGAAUGAUCACAGCCCUCGGACCCGUCCUGGUCGGAGAAUACACCAGUCCAAAAAACCGUGGAUUAUUUCUAAUGAGCAUAUCUGUGACUAUGAGUAUUGCCAUAUUUGUUAUCCAAACCUUAGGAUCAUAUUUCUAUUGGAAAACCUGCGCUUUAGUGUGCAUAGGUAUAGUUUUAUUUAACAUGAUUAUAGUAAUAUUUUCACCUGAAUCGCCAACGUUUUUAGCAGACAAAGAAAGGUAUGAUGAGUGUCGGAAAGUAUUCACGUAUCUGAGAGGUGAUUCGGAGAACGUUGAAUUAGAGAAUAUGAUUGCUGCUCGAAUGGCGGCUAAAAAGGAACAGACUGACGAAAAUAAGACGAUUCGACAAAAGAUCUUGGCCAAAUCGAAUUAUUUGAAAGAGGCGGUGAAGAAGAAAGAGUUUUACAAGCCAAUCUUUAUAAUGUUUCAUGUGUACGCGAUGGCGCAAUGGUGUGGUAUAAACGUAAUAACAUCGUUCACCACAGAUCUAUUCGAGAGGGUCGUCGGGGUAGAUUCAGGAGUAAAUAUCCCAUUGAUGAUAAUAAUAGUCGGAGCGUUGAGGAUUUUUGAAAAUUUAUUGGGAAUGGUGUUCAUAAAGACCUUAAAACGGAGAGUGAUGUUGUUUUCAACUAUUGGCCUGAACGUUGUUGCGCUCCUGGCGAUCGCAGCGUACACAUUCUCAAGUCAAAAGGACUUGGUGGCUGACUCUCCUGUGAUUGGCAUAGUCCUGAUUCACAUCCUCAUGUUCACGAUAGCCACUGGAGCGAUUCCUAUAAGCUACGUGUUAGCGGGUGAACUGUUUCCAAGGGAAUACAAAGGAUUAUGUGGGGGAAUCAGUAUGCUGUUCUUUUCCAUGAAUCUCUUCGCAAAUACCAAGACUGUGUUAUUUUUCUUAGGCUCUUGGGAUAUUUAUGGAACGUUUUGUUUGUACGCUGGUGUAGUGUUGUACUGUUUGGUGGUCGUUGGUAUUUUCCUGCCGGAAACUAAGGACAGGACUUUGCAAGAUAUCGAGGAAGAAUUUCGAGGCAAAAGAACAUCUUCUGAGUAGAUAUGAAUUGUGUGAGAUCGCAACCCUACCAAAGAUAAUGUUAUCAUUUAAACAUUUAACUAGGUACUUCACUGUCCACGCCAUAAGUCAUAUUAUCGGUAUUUUUGAUAAACUCUAUGGAAAAACUGUUCCAUAGUGUCAUUUCAUGGUCAUUGAUAAGAUGUUUUUUUGCAUUCCUACCAAUAUCUCACCCGACUGUCAUGGUCUUAUGUAAAGUGAUGAUAAACGUUGUUUUUCUAAAAUAAGUAGACUUAUUUGCAAUCUUUAUUAGUAUGUAAUAAUGUAGUAGUAAAGUAAUAUAAAGUAGCAUUAAGUUAUGAUUGGCUAACUUCAUUGUUACUGUGUUGCAUUUAUUAGAAAACUAACCAAAUACUUAAAAUAGAAAUACUCGUAAAUAAAAAAUCGAAACAACAUAGUUUUUAAGAAUACUAUAUUGAUUCAGCGUGAACUAGAUAAUAUAUUUUUUUAGAAAGCAAGUAGGUAUUAUAGAUUUCCAUUACACCAUGUACUAAGUCACAGUUGACUAAACCGAAAACGGUGGUGGUAGCCAUCAAAAUUUGGUUAGCCUACGGUAACCACGAUAUAUAAAAGAAAACUUAAUAACUUGUUUUAUAAUAUAUUUUAUCUAGUGUGUCAUAAUUUUACAAGAUCAUUUUUUUGUUUGUUUUAUAAACAUGUUAUGGUGGCGCUACCUAGUGAGCGGCUGUGCGUGCGCGUGAGAAUCGAGCCUGCGCCUACGCAUACCGGACGCAAAAAUGAAAACAAAACGCCGGAAAUUAGCCGUGACAAUAGCAGUGAUCUUAAAUCAUAUAAAAUAAAAUAAUAGAGAAUGGCGGUAGACAAUCUACAAUAAUAAUCUUCUGUGAGAGCUGUCAUUUGUCUUCCGGACGGUGUCAUCCAUAAAUGACGUCACAGAGAUUUCACGACUUUUUGACCCAUCCUCCAUUCAUAAUAUCUUCUGGAUUCUGGUCACACUGGAUAAUAGUUAUUUUAUUGGGCACAAUACAAUUUACUAUAACGAUUAAAACCAGUCUUGGUUAAUUUAUAACCAGGGUUAAUCAAAUCAACAUUUGAAUUACUGGACUGUGGAAAUGUUACAGGAGUGUAAUAUACUUAAAUUGGUUUAACUUAAUGACGCAUAGUUAAAAAAAUUGCAUGAAUAGUUAGUGCUUCUGUAGUGCAAUGUUAUAUCGACUCCGCACUAUCGCCGAACGCCGACGCGAAUGCGUGAAAAUUGCGUAGUUUUUAUGAGUGGUUUUACUUACCGCAAUGAAAAACCAGCAAUAUGCCGAGUCCAUCAAAGCUCGACGAACUUUUCCGCUAUAGUUUGAAGCCGGCAUUAGAUAACUAUGUUUAUUAGCCGAUGCAUUUGGCGUUCUCUUGUUAAAUAUGAUAACUGAAAUUUUUCUUUUUAAGAAUGUGUGAGUUAUAGUUAAAAUUCUCACGUUGCGCUAUGCUAAUAUGAUUUAACUAUAUUUGUGAUUUUGUUUCUUGUUUUUGAUAAGUUAUUUUGGUUAACAGUUAGAUUCUAUGAUGUGAUUACGAAAUAGUACACGAAAUUCCCCUGAAUUAAAGAAUCAUACUUUUGAAGUUUUACUGCAAAUUCGUGAUGUGUCAAUUAAACUAAUAAAACUGGUCGAAUUAUUACUCUACACGAACUAAUAGCCAAUGAAUUGAAAAACUGGACACAAAAAUAUUUAAUUGUGGUACUUUUAGCUGCCACGCAGUUCCCAGAAUUGGAAAAAUAGUAAAAAAUCCGGGCUAUAAGGAAGCAUAAUCAAUAAAGUGCACAAAAAGUUAAAUUAGUGCCACGUACAGACGACUACACGUCAAAUGUAACAAUACAAUUUCAAAAAGUACCCUACAAUGGCCGGAUAUAAAAUAUAAACAUGCGCCAAGAGUCUAUUCCUAACUUUAUUUCUAUAGAUUCCACUCAUCCUCGAUUGUUUUAGUUACAUUAGGUGACGUGAGGCCACUAAGCCCGAGGCCAGCGUAUAAAAAAAGUAGUGAAUUAUAAAUAACUAGAUGCGCCCCGGGGCUGGUGGGAAUUUCGGGACAAAAAUUACCCUAUUUCCUUCUCCGUACUUCAAACUAAGUAUGUGCAAAAUUUCAAGAAGAUUGGCUGAGCAGGUAAAGCGUGAAGAGGUAACAAACAAACUUACUUUCACAUUUAUAGUAUUAGUACUUAGGAUUAGGAUUCCUCUGUAAAUGGUACAAUAAAAAGUUCAUAUAUCUAUAUAUUUGUAAACAAAUCCGAUUUAUAAACGAAGUGUAACUGAAACUCGUCACUACACGCGGCGACGGAAUCAAAAAAUUCCAUUGUUUUUAUUGUAACUAGUUAGUACAUGUGAGAAUUAAAACACCAGUACUUAAAUGGAUCUCGGUAGGUAGGUACUCUCUUGACACAAAAAUUUGCCAAUUUAACGCUGGGCCGUGGUCAAUCGCAAUUUGGUGGUUUUUGCGACCCAAACAUUGUGUCAAUUAGAAGCUAUUUUUAACCAACAAAAAAGGUACAGUGAGCUACAAGUUAUAUAGCUUCUUGCGAUAAUUAAUCGAAAACUAAAUUGGGUAACCUUAACCUUUAAACUUCAAUAAAAAUAAAUAGACAGAACAAUUAGAUUUUUGGCACAAUUGAUAUGAUUAAAUUAUAUAUUUUUAUGAAAAACUAACAGCCCCCGUCUCGGUUCAAAAAAAAAUCCGCGUCAAAUUGCGUUGCACAGUUUUAAAAUCUAAAAAUUGUGAACCAGACUGGACCUCACUGUCCAUAAUAAUAAUAAGCCCAGUAAAAGCCGACGUGUUAUGACCAUGAUAAAAACAUAAAUAUCUAUGAAAAAUAUACAACAGUCACUUUUUUACUCACAAAAUAAUUUACAGGAAGCUAACUAAGCUCAUGGCCUCUGCAUGGCGUCACGUAGUGAGGACGAAGAUAGUUUUUUCCGAUUUAUUUAUCACGUUUGAAAAAAUGGGAAAUAACUUUUGAAGGACAAGAGGUAAACUUGACAUUGACAAUAAAUUCUUCAAUCAAUCAAUCUUAUGAUUUUUUUAUACCAAUCUUUAGAAAUUAGACCUUCACACGCACACGUUUUCACGUCAGUUGUUAAAUAAGUUUGGAGGAAAGGCUGCAAUGAAGUGUUUUUGUUGCGCCGCUUCUUAUUCACCGCCUUUGGAAGUCGGCUGUAGAUUUUUUGACGUCACUAAGUGACGGAUCCCAACUAGAAUAAAGAAUUUUAAAAUCUGUAGAGUACCUAAUGUAGACGGCCGAUAUUGUCUACUCCUAAGCCUACUCUCGAUAUCGACAAUAAACUAUCACCAUAGCAUAGAUUGAUAGCUAACCAUAGCCAAAGUAUCUAGAGAUUCCGUGACUCAAUCCAUACAUGACUCCGUUCUUAAUUACUUUUAUUAAAAAAAAUGUAUUUAUUGCCUAAACUAGAUUUUCACUGUGAGUUAAUUGGUUACUACAAUACACAAAUAAACAGAUCUAUUUCAAAGUCUACGUCACCAGGGAUAAGAAAUUAUCAAUAUUGUUGUCGUAACUAGUGAUGUGUCGGCCACAUUCCCAUUCCCGGCGAACGUCCCAAUUUUUAAGGGAAUGCCUUUUCCCGGGAACGUUCCUUCAGAAUUGGUAAUGGCUGUUUUUUUUUCCGGAUGGCGAUAGCCAUCCGGUGACCGUUCCCAUUCCUUCAAAACGAGCAAUGUUUCUGGCAAAGUGGGCGUGUUCCUGGGAAACUUGGAACGUAACAAGGAGUCAAAGCAUUAAUUUAAUAAUAGGGCUAUAUUGUGCAAUUGUAAGGAAGUAAGUUAAUUAAAAAAUGCAUUGUCAAACAAAAAAUGGUAUAUUUUCCGUAGGGAAACAUUAUUGUUGAUUAAAAUUAUAUUAGAUGGAAUUACUAGGAAGUAAAGUAAUUGGACUUAUAGCCUUGAAAUUGUGUCUGAUAAUAAAUAAUCAACACAUCAAUACAUAGAUUAUUUAAAAAAUAUUAAUUUGGAUGUUUAUGUUCAUCCAAACACAAAAAUCUAAGUAGUAAGUACUGAUUACCUACCGUAAACAUGCGUUGAGUGGGUAUCUCAGAAAUCACUGCUGGUCAUCUAUCUCUACAAAAUAAUGUACUAAUAUCUAUACUAUUAUUAUAAAGAGGUAAGCGUUUGUGACUUUGUGAGUUUGUAUGUUUGAGGCGGGUAAUCCCCGGAACUACUGAACCAAUUUCAAAAAUUCUUUCACCGUUAGAAAGGUACAUUAUCCAAGAUUGUUAUAGCCUAUAUUUUAUCUUAAAAUUUCCACGGUUAACUGGCUAUCUUUUAUUUACUUUGGUCUAGUUACUCUUUGGUAUACCAUGAACAAGUUGUGGCCAUUUUCUUCUUGAUGUAAUUCUAUCUGUCUGACAACACGACCGAACCACAACAGGUAUAUAAUAUACCCAUUUAGCUAAAUAAAUCUAGCUAUAGAGACCUCAUCUCUGACAGUGUCUCAAAAAAUAGAUUUAUUUUUAUUAGAAGCAUUAGGAAGUGAAGUGUUUUAAAUACAGACCUUGGAAUAGAGCUUAGAGCGGUCGAUGCCCCAUCACAACGGGCGGUCAUGUAUGACGGCAAAAAAAAUCGAGUUUUUUAAAUAUUAUCUGUUAUGCAUGCUUAGGUGCUUAGUUAUAAAAUACCAGCUGUUUACACGUGACUUCUCACUUCAAGCUAUUGUCAUUAAAAUUAUAUUAAUAACAUUCUAAAAUAUUAUGUUAAGUGUAAGAGUCAUUCCGUUCAUCUGUUAAGAUGGCCUUUCACGAUCCACUAAACUAAAACCAUAGGUAAAGUAACAGAUAGUUGAUAAAUACGGGUUCAAAAAAUAUACUCCCAGUAAACAUACAAUGAUAAAAUUACAUAAUAUACAAACAUGUAUCUUGCUUAUAAAGAAGUAAAGGUUAUAUCAUGUCUUAUUGCACUGGAAAUCCAAGCUGUCGUAGUUGUUUCCAGUGCAUUCAAAAAUACAUUGUUAAAUUGUAGCAGACAGACCGGCAUCUGAUACAGGUGGCUAGUUGGUCAACUCGGACAGCUCGAUCACCUAUCACCCAGAGUGUUUUCAUCAAAAACACAGUUAGUACUGGUCAACUUAGACCACUGGACAUUUUAUGAUAAGUACAUAAUUUGAGUUCGGCAUUAUAUUUGCAAAAACAGCAAAAAGUUAAAAAGAUUGUGAUUUUUUUUUAAUUUUGAACCGCCUUUGCAGUUUUAAGCAUUUUAUUUGGCCAUCUCAUCGUAGAUAAUGAAUUCGGAGCGGCCUAAACCCCACAGCCACCUAGCCACAUAUAUUACGAUUUAUGAUAAUUAAACAAUUAAAAGUGACUUUAUAAUGCAAUCAUACUCUCCCUCACAUUCUGUAAACACGUGUAAAUAGCAAAUCAUGUGACUACGAAUAUUAUCUUGUUUAAUUGUACUUAAUUAGUUGUGGGCCAAUGUUAGUUCUUAAUUUUAAUGUUUAGUAACCGAAUUUAUUUUAUUUAUCUUUAUAAUGGUCAUUAUUUAUUUAAAAACUUGUAAGUAAUAGGCUUUUUUCUGAUUUAACAUUUGUUUUUAUUCAUACUGUACUCUAUGUACAAUUGUACAUAAUAAUGUUUGGGCAAAUAGACGUUUUUCAUUCUUUC